UUCCCCACCCCCCGGGCCCUGGCACAUAGACAAAAGAUGUAGAUCUCAACAGUGGUGCUUGGUGCUUUGCCUGGUCUAUAAUAUUCCCAAGCCUGGACUGAUCUGGUUGCUCAGCUUGAAGAGCUUUAAUGAUUCCCAAAGCAUCCCCUUCAAACACCAUAUCAUAAGGGCAGCAAGAGGCAGCAAACUUACUGCACGAGCCGCUGCCAGUGCAUCUGCUUCCUCUGCAUCUGAACCCAUACUCUUCAAAGCACUCAUAGCUACUAUAAAUUGCCCCUUUCUCUCUCUGAUUACAGCACCUACCCAUUCUUUUGAAUAUCUUUAAAGGCAGCCCCAUCCAUAAUAUCCUUAAAAUAAUUGAGCCCAGGAGGAGUCCAAUGAGCAGAUGAUGGGUGUUUACAAAUUAACAGGUUAUAUUAGCCUCCUGUGCUUCAAGGGUUAUGGCAAACUAAGCAGUGGAGUGAAAGUAGAGUGGAAUAACAGGGGAUUCUCAACAUUCCAUGCUCUUAUAGUAGCAUUUGCUUCUCUCUACCUCCUGUUGUUAUCAGAUGAAUUUGAUGAAAAAUCUCAUGGUGACCUUAUAAUAAAUAGGACAUCUACUUUAUCAGAUACGCUAUUGGGGUUCUCCCUUGGUUAUUUUCUAUCAGACUUGGCAAUGAUUCUUUGGCUGUUUCCAGCUCUAGGUGGUCUGGAGUACGUUCUACACCAUGGGCUAUCCAUGUCUUCAAUUCUUCUCUCCCUCAUAAGUGGUCAAGCACGGAUUUACAUACUAAUGGUUCUUUUCUCAGAGAGCACUACUCCUUUUGUAAAUCUAAGAUGGUACUUGGAUGUUGCUGGCCAGAAGAACUCCAAGCUUUACACCUAUAAUGGCAUAGCAUUGUUCUUGGGGUGGUUGGUUGCUAGGAUUUUUUUGUUCAUCUUCUUCUUCGCACACAUGUUCAGCCAUUUUGAUCAGGUCAAGAAAAUUUUUCCUUUUGGCUUCUACAACUUGCUUGUGGUGUCUCCUGUGUUGGCAAUUAUGAAUGUGUUUUGGUUUUGGAAGAUUGUCAGGGGUUUAUUAAAAACUCUUUCUAAAGCAAGACACAAGCAUUGAGCAGGCAAUUUUCCUGCUGUGAUCGAGUACCUUCUGGUAGGCAACCCCAUUGAUUGUCAUUCAACCACUGGAUAUUGCUUGCUAUGUGAUGCAUUCAACCACAGGAUAAUAUGUUGUUGCUUAAUCCAGUACUGAGACUAGAUAUUGUACUUUGGCUGGCACCACUACUGAAAUCAUCUGGUUGUGUUCUCUUCUCGAGGACAUGGGAGUCACUAUUUUUUCUAUCACUUCAGUUUACUGUAAUAAUCAUAUCACUAUUAAGUUUAUUCACAAUGAUGUUUUCCAUGAAUGGACAAAAAUUAAUGAGAUUGAUUGACACUUCAACCAUCA